AUGCAUAGGGGAUGCCUUCCCUUGAUCAUCGCGUUGGCCCAGGCCACAGGGUCGUCGGCAAAGACGGUGAAAUACGACUGGAACGUAACUUGGGUAUUCGCUAGCCCGGAUGGAUUUGGGAGGCCAGUCAUAGGGAUAAACGAUGUUUGGCCCUGUCCGACUAUUGAGGCAGAUGUUGGUGACUUCGUUAGUAUUGACCUGAAUAACAAAUUGGGAAAUGAGACUACUGGCCUCCAUUUCCAUGGCAUCAACCAAAUAAAUACGAACUCGAUGGAUGGCGCCGUUGGUACAAACCAAUGCCCUCUACCUCCAGAUCAUUCUGUCAGGUAUCGGUUUUAUGCAGAUGCUCCUGGUACAUACUGGUAUCAUUCUCAUAGCAUGGGACAGUACCCUGACGGUUUUCGUGGCCCACUCAUUAUUCACGACCCAGACGAUCCUUAUCAAGAUGAUUACGACGAAGAAGUCAUCCUCACACUUUCUGACUGGUACCGGGACCAGACUCCAACACUGAUGGAGGCGAUGAUAAACCCUAAUAAUACACAAUUUGCGCCACCGCUUCCGAAUAGCACCCUUGUCAAUGAUGGUGGUGAUGGUCAUGUAUCUGUUGAGGCUGGAAAGACGUAUCGUUUCCGAAUAAUUAAUUGGUCUGCAAUGUUCUCUACCUUCCUCUCUUUUGACUCACUGGACAUGGAUGUUAUUGCGAUUGACGCAUCGUACGUGCAAAGGCAAAGUGCGCAACAACUGCGAAUCUCUGCCGCACAGCGGUUUGACGCUCUAAUAACCAUCCCCGAAGAUGCAGAUCGGAAUUAUCCAUACUUAGUUGCAUUAGACGUGAACCAAGACUUCGCAGAUAAAAAUCCGCCAAGACCUCUUCAAUACCCAUACAAUGUCACAGGAAUGUUGGUCACAGAUUCAGACAAGGACACGAGCGGUACAGCUACCGUCCAGAAAUUCGAACCUUUCGACGAUACAACUUUCCAACCUCAUGAUAACGAGAGCGUCUAUGAGCCGGUUGACAAGCAGUUAGUGCUUAACUUUGACUAUUGCUUCGACGCCAAUGACUACCCUAGGGCUUGCUUUAAUGACACGACCUAUAUCGCGCAGAAGGUGCCCGCGCUAUACACCGCAGCUUCACUAGGAGAAAACAACACAGAGACUGUUGCGUACGGCCAAGUCAACCCUUUCGUAGUCGAGUACGGCGAAAUCCUGGAAAUCGUCGUAAAUAACAACAACGACGCCAUUCACCCCUUUCACCUGCACGGGCACCAGUUCCAAGUCCUCGCGCGCCCCGAGAGCCAGGCGGGGAACUGGAGCGCUAACGCUACCAUCAACGACAUACCACCUCGGCGAGACACGGUGGCCAUCAACCCUAAGUCGUAUGCAGUAUUCCGCAUCAAGGCCGAAAACCCCGGGGUCUUCUUGUUCCACUGCCACGUCGAGUGGCACGUCGAGAUGGGCCUGACCAUCACUCUCAUCGAGGCUCCCGACAAGCUCCGCAACUAUACGAUCCCGCAGGACCACCUCGACGCCUGCGAUGCCAUGGGUAUCCCCACCACGGGAAAUGCGGCAGGGAACGAAGAUUGGGCGAAUACGGAUGGCUUUGUCACGGUGCCCCCUACUACUUACACCGGUUCUCUGUAUACCGAGUCGAGCUAA